UCCUUUUGAUUUUUUACCUGGAUUACUGAGAUGCAUCAGGACAUUAUUAAAUGUAAUUGAAUGCAUAUGUGGAGUUUACUUGUAUUUAGUCCCAUCACUCAUCUCCAUCAGCUCCAUCCUGUGGUCCAUGACGUGACGCACGCGCCUGCAGGAGGCAGAUAGUUUAUAAAGCAGGAAGCAACCCUCAGUCACCACAGACCGAGUCCUCCACCUGUAUGGGCUGCCAUGUCUCUGGAGGAUCUGCUGGUUUUACCCGCGGACGACAGCGGCGCGUCUUUUCUCAACGUCUCCAGCGGGGUUUGGGGUGCCGCCCCGGAGCAGCACCAGUACAUCAUCUGGACCCCCGGCGUCGGGAUCGCCGCGGUCUACGGACUCAUCAUCAUCGUGGGUCUGGUGGGGAACGUGACUUUGAUGAAGACGUGYCUGCUGGUGAAGUCGAUGCGCACGGUGCCCAACUUGUUCCUGUCCAGCCUGGCUCUGGGGGACCUGCUGCUGCUGGUCACGUGCGCCCCGGUGGACGCCAGCCGGUACCUGCUGGACGAGUGGAUGUUCGGCCGGCUCGGCUGCAAGCUGAUCCCUUUCAUCCAGCUCAGCUCAGUGGGGGUGUCCGUGUUCACCCUGACUGCGCUCUCCGCGGACCGGUACAGAGCAAUCGUCAAGCCGCUCGACAGCCACAGAUCCAAUCCCACGCUCAGCAUCAGCCUACGCGUCGGGGCCAUCUGGCUGCUCUCCGUAACUCUGGCCGUCCCUGAGGCCGUCUUCUCCGACCUGCACACCUUCACCACCAGCCACACCAACGAGACCUUCGUGACCUGUGCGCCUUACCCCCACGCCGGRGAGCUGCACCCCAAGAUCCACUCCACCGCCUCCUUCCUCAUUUUCUAUGUCAUCCCGCUGCUCGUCAUCUCCGUUUACUACUUCUUCAUCGCUYGCAGUCUGAUCAGCAGCUCUGUGGACAUUUCUGCUGAAGGACACCUGCACCUUCAGAAACAGAUCAAAUCCCGGAAGCGUCUGGCCAAAACCGUGCUGGUGUUUGUGGGUCUGUUUGCUGUUUGUUGGCUGCCCAGCCACGUCAUCUACCUUUACCGCUCCUACCACUACGGCCAGGUGGACACGUCGCUGGCCCACUUCAUCGCCAGCGUGUGCGCCCGGGUCCUGGCCUUCACCAACUCCUGCGUGAACCCGUUCGCUCUGUACCUGAUGAGCAAAAGCUUCAGCAAGCACUUCAGGAAGCAGCUGCUGUGCUGCAGCUCUCCCAGACGCCUGUACAGCCAGAACAGCGCCAGCACCAACGUGACCACUGUCUGAAGGACCACCCCCCCCCCYUCAUGCUGAAGCAAUCAUUUGAAAAUGCUUGUUGACAACUUUCUAAUCAAACACAAAGGGGUAAUUUUGCUGUUAAACACUGUUUAAAAGAAAAAUGAGCUCUGCAGAUUGAACAAUGCCUGUACAAAACAUUUUCUCUGUUGCUGUGUUUAUCCUCCAGAAGAGUUAUAAUCCAAAAGGACAUGUUGUGGCUUUAAACUCCAAACCAUUCAGAUGGAAAAAUGAUGUAAUUUCAUGUUUUUCUGUGAAACUGAAAUGAUCUCAGCUGCCAUUAGAAGUGGACCCAAAGCCUGAACCGACCAGACUUUAGUUUUGUUGUCAAUAUUUUUGUCUCUUUAAAAGCUUGUAGCAAUGCAGCGCUUCCUUCUCACAUAAAAACAUUUCAUGUAUGUAAAAUCUUUCAACCUAAUGUGAUCAUUUUGUUUUGUUGUUUUACCUGAAAAGCUGUUCUCAAAUAUAAAUCGACAUAUUUUUCAAGUAAUUUGUUUUUCUUUUAACAUAAACCACUCAACAUUUAUAUGUAAUGAUGUAUUUUGUGGCUUUGCUUCUGUUCAUUGUAAAUUAUUGUUUUUAAAUAAUUUAAUUUAAUUAGCACAUUUAAAAUCUUGUUUUUUGUAGCUGUAAUCUAAUAAAGGACGAAUAAACUGGCUUUUAUUUCUGAUUAAUGUGUUGGUUGAUCUAAAAAAACAAAAUGUUACUGCAACAGUAUUUUCAGAGCCAAAAAUUAAAUAUUUC